UAACUAAUUUAUUUAUGUAUCAGGAACUAUUUUAAAAUCAGCAUGGGUAAAAAAAUAAAAGUAAGUAAAAACAGGAAAAAGACAUGGCGCAAGUAUGGAGAUGUUCAAGAUGUGGAAGAUUUUUUAGUUGAAAAAAGAUUACAAGAAAGGACAGGGGGAAUUGUUCAUGAAAAAACUGAUAAAGAACUAUAUCACAUAGACGUUAAACCCAAAAAUUACACAACAGAAAAACCUCUAGAUAGACCAUUUAAAUCAUUGACAUAUUUGAAACCUUUAAAUAAUUUCCCUCCUGUUACAAACUUAUGUCAAAAGUUUACACAGAAAAGAAAAAGAACAAAGUUAAUUAAUGCAAAUCACAAUUAUAAGCCUGUUAAGAAAAUUAAAAAAAUAUUUAAUGAUGAAAAUAAUGAGAGUGAUAAUGAUUUUAAUCAAGAUAUAUGGUCAAACAAUAAAAUAUCAAACACAAAAUAUCAAGAAAAUAUCAAAGAAUUAUUUGAUAAAGAUUAUGCCCCACAACUUAGAUUGACAAAUAUAAAGGUUCCGGUUCACAGAUUUCUAAGGCCUUCUAAACUUGACGCAGUACUCUUACCGCAUCCCGGAGCAUCGUAUAAUCCAACAUACAAAGAUCAUCAAAAUUUGCUUGGCCAAGUCAUUGAAAAAGAAGAAAAAUGUUUGAUGGUAGAGGAAAAAAUAUUGAGGAAAGCUAAAGUCAUCCCUAUCAAUAACAAAACUUUAGAAGAAAUAAAGUUCAAAGAGAUGUGUCAGGGCCUCUCUUUAGACGCUGAUGACGCUUUACCAGCCUCCGCCAGAAAUGAUAAGAAUGGUGAUAUGGACGCCGAAUCAGAUGCAGAAAGUGUAGAAGAUCCAACUGAAACCGAUUCUAAAGUUGUGGCGAUCUUAACUCUCCCCCAGGUGUCUAGGGACAAGAAAAAAACACGCGCCCAAAAACGAAAAGCAGAUCUACACCGAACCAGGGAGAAGCAAAGGAUAGCCAAGAAACUAGGUAAGAAGCUAUUGAACGAUAUAAAUGGGCUGAGAAGUUUAAAAAAGCUAAUUCGAUCCGAGGAACUCAAAAGGGAAACCAAGCGUAAAAUGAAAAAGCUAAUGAAAUUAUCGACCGAGGGUAUAAAGACGAAACGAUUAGGCAAACACAAAUUCGUAGAACCUGGCCAAGAUUUCAUGCUUGGCAGCGAAAUCCCCGAAUCCCUAAGGAAACUCAAACCUCAGGGCCAUUUACUGCUAGAUUCUUACAAAAGCCUUCAACGACGUAACGUCGUAGAGGUGACCGAAAGAAGAAUAGCUAACGUCGAUCGUAAUAGGCUCUAUGCCGACAGGAAAAAGGAGAAAGGCAGAAAGAAAACGAAAGAUUUUGUGAGGAACGCGUUCAAAGAUCUGAUAUAAAAAAAUUUAAUAUAUUUUUUUUGUAUAGUUUUGAUUGAAUCUUUCUUUAUAUUGGUUGUGAAAUGAUAUGAAAAUAAACGUUUUUUGUUUGCUCAAAUAUAGCAAAAUAAAAAAUUAGUCAAUUUUUUAAAUAUUAAA